UCCCCCACCCCCGCCCCCCAUUUUGCUUACACUGUCCAGGCAUCGAAUUGUGCUGAACUAUCAACAGACAGAAGAGGACAAAGAGCUGCAAUGGACGGUGAUGUUGCGGUUGGUGUGAAGAGAGGCUCAGAUGAGCUCAACAUGUACAGUAGCAGCCCCAGCUCUAUGACUGCAAACGGCAGUGACAGUAAGAAACAGCGUCUGGAUGAAUCCCCUCCCUCCAGAGUUCUCCACAUCAGGAAACUUCCAAAUGAAGUGUCAGAGACUGAAGUCAUUGCCUUGGGGCUGCCCUUUGGAAAGGUCACUAACAUACUGAUGCUUAAGGGGAAAAACCAGGCAUUUCUGGAGUUGGGUACAGAAGAAGCAGCCAUUACUAUGGUUAACUACUAUACAGCUGUCACACCACAGGUCAGAAACACUCCUGUCUUCAUCCAGUACUCCAACCAUAAGGAACUGAAAACGGACUCAGCUCUGAACCAGAGGGCCCAGGCAGUGUUGCAGGCAGUGUCAGCAGUGCAGGAUGGAAGUUCUCCAUCCUCUGACCCUGGAGUUUUGGACCUCGCUCCACCCCCCAGCCCUGUUCUGCGAAUUAUUAUCGAUAACAUGUUUUAUCCUGUGACACUGGAUGUUCUGCAACAGAUCUUCAGUAAGUUUGGGACUGUAAUGAAGAUUAUAACCUUCACCAAGAACAACCAGUUUCAGGCUCUUCUGCAGUUCAGCGACCCCGUGAAUGCACAGCAAGCUAAACUGUCUUUGGAUGGACAGAACAUCUAUAAUUCGUGCUGUACUCUGCGGAUAGACUUCAGUAAACUGGUCAACCUCAAUGUCAAAUACAACAACGAUAAGAGCCGGGAUUACACCAGACCUGACCUGCCUACUGGAGAUGGAGAGUCAGCCAACAAGGAUCAUUCUUUGUUGGGUACCCCAUCUGGAGCGCUAGCUUCCUACUCUAGUGGAGGAGGUUACUCAUCUUCUCUCUCCCUCUCACAGGGUGGAGGAGCCAUUAGUCCGCUGAGUGCUGCAGCAGCAGCGGCAGCAGCUGCUGGUCGUGUUGCUCUGUCUGGGUCUGGGGUGUCCGGAGUUCUGUUGGCAUCCAACCUAAAUGAAGAGAUGGUCACGCCUCAAAGUCUCUUUACCCUCUUCGGAGUCUAUGGUGAUGUCCAGAGGGUGAAGAUCCUCUACAACAAAAAGGACAGUGCUCUGAUACAGUUGUCCGAUGGCAACCAGGCUCAGCUGGCGAUGAGCCACUUGAAUGGUCAAAAGGUGUUUGGUAAAGUGAUGAGAGUGACGCUGUCUAAGCAUCAGACUGUGGCUUUGCCCAGAGAGGGUUUGGAUGACCAACUACUAACUAAAGAUUUUUCUGGCUCACCACUCCAUCGCUUUAAGAAGCCAGGAUCCAAAAACUUCCAGAACAUUUUUCCUCCUUCUGCAACACUUCAUCUCUCCAAUGUCCGGGAGGGAGUUGGAGAGGAUGAUCUACGACUUCUGUUCUCUAAUAGUGGAGGAACCGUCAAGGCCUUCAAGUUCUUCCAGGACCGUAAGAUGGCCUUGAUCCAGAUGACAUCAGUAGAGGAAGCGAUCCAGACUCUGAUGGAUCUCCACAACUAUGACAUGGGAGGGAAUCACCAUCUCAAAGUUUCCUUUUCAAAGUCUACAAUCUAACCCUCACACCUUACUCCUAAACCUUAAGAUCUAUGACGAGCGAGGAAGUCACUACCACUUGUCUUCUUUUCAACAUUUUCUGUUAACCUCUCCUGCACUAUUCCCAAACAUUUAAAGGAGCAGGGUGUAGGAUUUAGGGGGAUCUACGUGCAGAAAUGGGAUAUUCAUAGCUAUAUUUUUAUUAGUGUACAAUCACUUCAAACUAAGAAUUGUUGUGAUUUCGUUAGCUUUGAAUGAACCCUUCAUACCCACAUCAGGAGCAGGUCCUUGUCGUAGGAGUCAGCCAUGUUGCACCGCCAUGUUUCUACAGCAGCUCAGAACAGACAAACCAAACACUGGCCCUAGAGUGAACCUUUCCCAUUUUUACAUUACCUUAAGGCCACUGUAGGUUCUCCUAAACUCUUGGAAAGCCAGGGGUGAGCAGAGGGGGUAUUCAUUUGGUUGCAAUUUGCAACCUCACCUCUAGAUGCCACUAAAUCCUACACACUUCUCCUUUGAUUAAAUAGCAAGAUAUUUUAUCACUGAAAUGUGCAUCAGUGUCCAAUGUUUGAAACCCACAUUAAAUCUUUAGAAGUACUUCUCAGUUAAAGUAUUUAGAAAUUCCACAAAGCAAAUGUUCUUGAACAGAAAGAGCAGUACGUACUAGGGGUGGGCGAUACCACAAAAUUUGGUUUUGAUCCGAUACCUAGUAAUACAAGGCCACAAUCACUGAUAUUGAUACUGAUACGAUAUUUUUUUCAUAAUCAAAAAUGUCUGUUUUUUAUGGAGGAGAAAGCAGUGCACCAUGAUUUAUGAGAUGAAUAAUCAGUCUACUUACAUAAAAGCUAAUGAUGACCAAUAACAGUCUGAAAAUUUAACAUUAGCCAAUACUGAAUAUCAAUUUUGACUAAAAUGUUCAUUUCAUAAGGCUACUUUAUACCUGGAUAUUCCUUGUCUGAGCCUCUCUGACCAGACUCUGUCAGUGAACUCUGUCUGGCAUUUCUCUCCUUCCCCUCCCUUAUUUUGGAUGCAGCUUUAAGUUCUCUUUCUCCUGUUUUUCCACUUUCAUUAAUCUAUCACUGCUAUCAUGUGCCUGAAUAAACUAGUCAGGCUUGAACAUAAUUUCCACGGACAGCUAUGGUCAUGCAAAUGCGCAAAUUGUUCUAUACAUAGUACAAUUCAGGGUCGCAUCAGCCCCCCGUAGUAAACUGGAGGGCUGGGAGGUGAGCUUACUGCAGACAUUGGGUGAAAGUAAGACUAAGAAGGUGAUGCUGGAUCUGGAGGAAGCUGAUUGAGUGCAGACAACAAGAAAGCAGCGUAGAAGCAAAGAGUACAUGCACAAUAGAAUGUUGUUUACACAAACAGUUUUACUCUUGAAAUACAAAUAGGUGCAACAAAAGAGAGAAACAAAUCCCUUUUUUCGUAUCACUCCUAUUGAUGCUAUGAUCAGUCUUUAACAUGAAAACCUAGUAUCGAGAGUAUCGAUUUUUCCAACCUAAGAACGUACAUCAGUCUUGACCUGAAGGCAAUUUGCAAAAUUUAAAACUCCUGCUUUGACCCAUACAACAACUCAAAGAGCAACUAAACACCAGCUAAAAUUCAAGUUUUGUUUACUUCUUGAGGCCUCACCUUGCUGUAGUGAUGUAAACGUUUUCUCUAGGGUGAGUGGGUACACUGUAGCAACACUGCUAAAUGUGGCUACAGGUGCACACUUCUGACCACACCCACCCACAGCCAUCAGUUAUGCUGUUCAGAGGUAACACAGACCUGAAACCUUCUACCAGAGCACACAGUGAGACACUGCUUUUAGCCUGCUUUAAAGGUGUACAUGCAGGAAUAGUCAGUUACUGUUUGUAAACAGUAUCGCCAGCAAAUCUGAAAGCCAACCCCAGAAUUACUCUCAAUUUGGAACAAGCUUUGUCCGUUUGGCAUUUCGCCUCUGUUUUUGUUGUUUGUAGCUUCCUGCUGGAUGCGUGCUGCUUCUAGUCUGGUCACUACCUUUUUAAGUCCCAACCUCACCCGUGGGCUUGGCCAGGGAUGUCCUGGCCGCAACUAAGUGAGAAGUAAACAAGAAAAUCCAGGCAGAGGGCAGAGUCUCUGCAGAUAAAUCCACCACCACACACUGAGAGUGGGUCAUAAUUGCUGAUUUAGAGGGAUUACUUCUGUAUGUCUAUACAUGUCUUUUUGGAGGGGUGGAAUCCUGCAUAGUAAACCUUUAGAGCAGUGGAGGUUUUUACUUAUUCAUUUAAUCUUUAUCACUGCUUUGUACAAAUAGCACACCUUUUUUGUAUAUCCCUACCAAGUGUUCACCUGUCAGUAUGGCAUUCGUCUCUUUUUCCUUGGCUUUUAUGUUGUGGUUUGAGUUCUGCAAAACCAAACAGAAUUUACAGAAUUGUUUGUUUGUUUUUUGCUGUUUUUUAGCUGUGAUCCUGAAUGAAUAGCCUAUGUGCAGAAUUUAGCAGAUGUUUUUCUGCUUUUAAUUUUCAAAGUUUUUUUUUUUUUAAUUAAAAUUAGCUGAGGUGUCGUUGGAAUACAUUGUGUCGCUAAUCUAACUUCCUAACCAUUCUCUUGUGUUCCCAAGCAAAUAUUUACCCCAACCUACCAGCUAUUAUCCAUACAGCCACUUACCUUUCCUUGUGGUAGUAACUCUAACACAACAUCUCUGUCAUGACCGAUCCCAUCACCACCAUGUCAUCAAUCAUGUAACACCUCUUUCCCUAUUUGGUGGGCACCCAUCAGCUGCUGUCAUUUGAAGAUGUGUUUUACACUAUGUAGUUUCUGACAGUGUGCUUGUUCACACCUCCAAAUGUUGUCCUGUUCACUUGUGCACUUUGGUGCAUUCAAAAUAAAACUAAACAAAAUAAAAGCAUUUUAUUUGAGCUACAAGCAUAAACUAGGAGAUGGAGUUGUCACUGACGUUCAGAGCGAGAUACAUGCUGUUCUCGCCUCUCCUCUGCAAUGUAAAUGUCACCAGUUUUACAUUACCAGCACCCCAUUUAAUACUUUGUAGGCAUGUUAGAAACCUACACUACAGCAGCUUGCAGCUUUAAUGAUUUAUCUGCUCUGCACAGAAUCAUUUAAAUGUACUUUAAAUACCAGAUGUAACUAAACUUCUGUCCCCAGAAGUCCUCAGAGGAAAUAGAAUGAACAAUGUGUAUAGCGUUGUGCAAUUUCUAAAUGUCAAAAGGCAGUUUUUCUUUUCUUGCUGUUAUUUCCGUAACUGAACAAUCACGCCGAAGCUACAUGAUUAGAAGCAACUAGGAUAUAUAUCUGUGAUAAUGUUGAAAGGCAUUCUGGGAAAUGGGAAUCAUAACUUGAAGCUAGUGAUGCUCCUUGAGGACAAUUGAAUACUCCUGAUAUUUCCUUCACAAAAUAUUUUUGAAUGUAUUGUCAGUAACACAUUGCUGACAUGUAAAGAUCCUGAGGAUCCACAGGUGGAGCUUUCAUUAAAGAAUAGAUCCGCAUGUAAAGUUCCUGUUUUAAAUCCCACCCAGUCUUUUAUAAACCAUCGCUGUGAGUGGGUGCACAUACAAAUACACAGGAUGCAUGCUAAUGCUAUCUGUUUGGACAAGGUUUCAACAUGUGAUUCUGGUCUUGGUCUCUGAUUUUGGGUGGAGGCCUGUUGGGACCAAAGUACAUGUGCCUUUAGUCUGUGGUCUGGUUUGAUCUGUUGUGUCUUUAAACAGAUGAUUUUACUGGUAAUGUCUGUUGAUCUUGUGUUGUAAACCUGUAAAAACAGAUUAUUUUGUUAAUUAUUUUUUAGAUAGAAGUGAACCUUGUCUAACAACAUGUUUGUUUAUCAAGCAGAGAUGCACAGAAAACUGGGUCAGUGUUUCUACUGAGGUCUUCUCCAAAGUGUGUUUUUAUUUGUCAACCAGCACUAGUUCUUUCUCACAGCUGAAAAGUUUUUUUUCUGCUAAGAGGUUGUUGUAAAUGGUCAGCUUGAGUUCAGUUUCUUCUUUGUUCAAAUUCAGAUUAGCCCAAAUUAAACACCUUUUUUUCUACCAACUAUCCCAAUGAAACAGUGUGUGUGUGUUUGUGUGUUCAAACUGGGUUCAGGCCUCUGCUCUCAUCUGUAUCUUACCUGUCAAUAAACUUCCUUCACUCUGUU